AUGGCAGUCGAAGAAAUGCAGCUCUCCAAUGGUGUCAUGGCUGGUGGCCCUAUGGGAGGUAUGCAAGGUACAGCUAUGGGUCUAGGCCCACAACGUAUGAGUUUCGCCAUUCAUGAGAUUCUUGGUCUACAAGGAAAUGCUUACCUAUCACAUGGUUAUUGCCCACAAGGAUUUUUCCCACAGCAGAACUUCGCAGUCGACAUCGGUUCCUGCGCUUCGUUCGACAGACCGCUUUGUGGAUCAGACCAAUUGGGUGCAGGUUCUCAUAACAGUUACAAUAUGCCGGUGUCAGCUUCCCACUCAAUCCCUUCUGAUGAAGGAACUAAUCACCAAGGGUCUGGAGGAAAGAGCAAACGCAAGAAAAGGAGGCACAGGACAAUCUUCACACAGUACCAGAUUGAUGAACUGGAGAAAGCCUUUCAAGAAGCCCACUACCCGGACGUUUAUGCUCGGGAAAUGUUGGCCGUGAAAACGGAACUGCCAGAAGACCGGAUACAGGUUUGGUUUCAAAAUCGACGUGCAAAAUGGCGAAAAACUGAGAAAACUUGGGGAAAAAGCACGAUCAUGGCAGAAUACGGCCUUUACGGGGCAAUGGUGCGACAUUCGCUUCCAUUACCGGAUACGAUUACGAAAACGGCUGAAACAUCAGAUCCUCAACAAAGCGCUGCACCAUGGCUGCUCGGUGAGUUCCCCAUCGAAUUUCAAUACAAUCCGCUCCUCGAACGUAGAAUUUCUUCACACUCUACCUCUUCAAAGAUAGAAAGAGCAGUUCAAGAGAUGCACCAUGAUGAAUACGGAAUCCAUUGUAGCGAUAGGAUGGGAAAUGGGACAACAAAAACUGAUUUGUUCGCCGAGUGGCAAAUUCUUGAUCAGAUUCUUAUAUUGGUUGUUGUACGCUUCUAA